ACGGCAGCACUCAGAACCAGGAGGAGAACAUGACGAACAGCCAGCAAACACCUCCGAUUCCCGUUCCUGCAAUAGUCAAGCAGUCCAAAAUGUCUGAGAAGAACCGCCACAAGAAACCCAAAGACAUCAAGCCUAAAGUGAAGAAGCUGAAGUACCACCAGUACAUCCCGCCGGACCAGAAGGCAGAGAAAUCUCCUGCGCUGCAGAUGGACUCGGCGUAUGCAUGUCUCCUGCAGCAGCAGCAGCUCUUCCUGCAGCUACAGAUCCUCAGCCAGCAGAAACACCAGCAGAACCCCCAUCCACAGCAGCAGAGCUUCAGCUACCAGACCCUCAGCCAGAACACCACACACAA